UUUCAGUCAAUUGUUGUUAUUCUGUGUCGGUUUGAUUGUUCAUGUCUAUCGCAAGAUUCAAGAAAUAUCUCAACAACUUACGUUUAUGUAUCGGCAUUUUCGACUUGAAUCCGGACAGGCUAAGCAGUCUGUCUUAUUAUAUAAGUUUGUACUUAACGUUACCAAACAUGUUGCGAGCAGACAUCGGAAACUCCAGUUCUACCCCGAUUGGCAUGAUGGAUCGGCGAGCGAAAUGUGAAAACAUGAAAUCAAAUCAUAGGCGACCACUCAGCGACAUUAGCUCUACACAUAAAGACAUUACAAUUGGAAAUGGAAACAGUGUUUCUGACAGGCAUCAAACGAUAAUUGUAGAGGGCAACAUCGGCAGUGGAAAGUCAACUCUACUCAAGUAUUUUGGCCAAAAGGACAACAUUGAAAUCUUUCCCGAACCAGUUGACAAAUGGAGGAAUAUAAGAGGACAAAAUAUGUUGGACUUGUUUUAUCAGGACCCAGUUCGUUGGAGUUUUGCCUUCGAGUCUUACACUCAGUUCACAAGACUUGAGAUCCAUCAAGCCAAGACAAAACAAAAGUUCAAGAUGAUGGAACGGUCCAUUUACAGUGGGAAAUAUUGCUUUACAGAAAACCUCUACCAAAGCAAGAAGUUAAAGACCCCAGAAUACAACGUACUGUGUCAGUGGUUUGAUUGGCUGCUAACAACAAAAGACCUUCAUGUCGAUCAUAUAGUGUACCUUCGUAGCACCCCAGAGCAAUGUGAGAGACGGAUUUGUGAGCGAAGUCGUAAGGAGGAGUCUGGAAUACCUAUGGAGUAUCUCAGAGAACUCCAUGAGACGCAUGAGGAUUGGCUCAUCAAGAAGACAAAGUUUGAGCUUCCAGCACCAGUAAUAGUUCUUGAUGCCACCAAGCCCUUAAAUGAAAUGCACAACCAGUUCAAGCUCCUCGAGGAGAAACUAAAUUUAAAUAUUUGCUAAAAUAUUGAAUUAUUGGUUUUUCUAACUACUACAGGACAAUUCAGGGAUUCUUUUAAAAUGUUAGUGUAGCCUUUGUGUACAGUUAAAUUACCUGUUGACAGUUGUGCCUUCUGUAAAUACAUUUUUGUAUAGAUUUUGUUUUAAACCAUAGUCACGAAUUUCUUUUAAAGUUAUCCCAGUUAAUUUUUUGAUUAUGUCAAUGAAAUUUGGAAACUUUAAUGACAUUGUACCUCCUAAAAAUAUCAUUCAAAUAUACGUUGGAUCUCACUUUAAAAUAACCUAGUACAUGUACACACAAAACCAAUGGAAGCCAAGACACGACAUUUGUACAAGCAGAGAUUCUUGGUAAAGAUACAAGGGUUUUGCAGACACAAAAACACAACAAUUAUUGUGAUUUGAAGGUCGUCCGUCCGUCCGUACAUUAUUUCAAGCUCAGGUUGACAAUGUUUUCUUAAUCAGUUCUAUAAUUUUGUUUUUACUGAACUUUCAACAUUUUAUUUUAAAGGAACACGUUGCCUUGGAUCG